AUGAAGUGCGCUUACCUCCUCUCGGCGCUUCUCGCCACCGCCGCCGCCCAAGUCCCUGGCACGUGCAACCAAGAGCUGACGGACGCGACGUACGCGUGCACCAAGGUCUUCAACGGCCCGUCCGGCAUGCUCGGCGAGGCCUUGAGCAACAUUGGCUCGACGGCCGGCCACCUCAGCAUCUGCUACGGCGAUCACCUCGAGUGCAACGACCUUCAGCGCCUCGCGCUCACGCCGGCCGGCGACUGCACCAUCAACGUGUGGAAGGGCUCGUACAUCAACCUCCGCACGGUCAUCUCGCCGUGCCCGAACCCGCUCCCGCCGCGUCUCCAAGAAAAGCAGCUCUGCACGGCCUCGGGCUUGAUUGCCUCCGAGUACUACGGCAACGUCUACACGGACGUCGUGCGCUCCAACAACAACGAGGUCUUUGUCUUCAACACGACCGGCGGCUCGCUCAUGGCCAAGAGCAACGGCCAGUGCCUCGAGGCCGUGCCCAACAUGCCGCAGCCCAACUUUGGCUACGGCAUCGUGCGCACCGCGGCCUGCGACGCGACCAAGAAGCUGCAAAAGUGGACGAUCGCCGGCGACCGCGUGUCGACCACCGAUGCCGGCUACUCAACGUACUGUCUGAGCACCGAUCAGUUCAAGCGCGGCGCCGUCGCGAGCUUGGGCCCGUGCAACUACGGCCAGCUCUCGAGCACGUCGUUCGUCGACUGCACGACGACCAAGCCCAAGUACGUCCGCCUCACGUCGGCGCGCGGCAACCGCCUCAGCGAGUACUACUCGAACCUGUACGUCAACGCGCCGGCCAACAACUUUAACGAGCUCUUCGUUUGGGACCAAGCCAACAAGAUGCUCAAGGUCGCCAGCAACAACCAGUGCUUGGACGCGUACAAGGACAACGCCGACGGCAAGUUCAAGGUGCACACAUAUGCGUGCGACGUCAACAACAGCAACCAAAAGUGGAACUUCAACCCGAGCACCAAGACAUUGGAGCAUGCCACGCACGCUGGCCAGUGCUUGGACGCCGACCCGACGUACGCCGACCGCCACGCGCAAAUGUGGGCGUGCACGCCCAACAACCCCAACCAGCAGUGGUCCAUUGAUGCGUUCUCGAGCUAA